UCCCCGGCCAUUCGGAAUUAGAACUAGAGAAUGGAAUGCCGGCGAUUUCGAGAGGCUCAAAGGGAAAAUCUGGAAUGCUUCAUGUGAGCGUUGUCUGAGAGUGUCAUGCUCUCAUCUGGGUGUGCAUUGAUAUCUAUGACAUCCGAGGAACGGGCUUCCUCAGACGAUGGCUGACCAUCUGACGAUGGCGAUUUUCACACCGAUUUUAUUUAUCCUUCUGCAUCUGAGUUCUCCAGCGUACGGAAGAGUGUCGCGCUGCGGUAGUUUCUUGCAAGAUUUCUCCAAGCUCUUCGCGGGAUAUGCGUCCAGCGCGGAACGAUGUGAUCAGUGUGAGGCAGCGAUGGCUGCAUACCGUUGCAAAGGAUUCGAGUUCAUGUACGAAGAGUUCAAAAGGAUGUGCCUGAAUGGUCAGAGUCGAUACUCAGCCGAACAGUGCCUAGACGGCCUCGACAUGUACAAGGACGAGAUUCGAUAUCUCCUCUGGGACCUCAAAGUCAGCGAUCCUGAGGCCUGUAGAUUCGUGCUCGGUUGCGGCCCUUAUAACAAUUCGGUCUACGAUUGGGACUUCGAUCUCCCGGCAGAACCUUAUCCCGCCGGAAACUCAGUGAGUGGCGAUCUCGAUCUGGAGCCGUUCUCCGUGUUGCACCUGACGGACCCCCACGUCUCCCCUCAAUACGCGGUGGGAUCUUUACCUGAUUGCGCGGAGGAGCUCUGCUGCUCCGACAGACAGCUGCUCAAAGGAAUGCCCUACACGGGAAGAGGCUCUGAUGGAGUCUUCAUCGGCUCAGGUCCCUACGGCGAUAUCAGAGGCGAAUCGCACUGUGAUUUACCGAUGAGGACACUCAAGAAUCUACUAGUCAACGCCGGAACGAAGAAAUUCACACAUGUGUACCUGACUGGUGAUUUCAUACCGCAUACAACUUUCAAUUACACCUUCUCGAGAGUCAUGAGAGAGAUAAGGGAGCAGACGAAAGUCAUAUCGGAUGGUCUGAGAGGGCACAAAAUUUUUCCGAGUAUUGGUAACCAUGAUGAUUAUCCCUCUUUCCUGUUUCCAACUCAUAAGAUGCACGCAGGAAACUACACUGUCGAUAAACUGUACAAUGGGCUAUGGGACAUCUGGGGUGGAACAUGGAUACCGGAGGAUGCGGAGAAAACUUUCAAAAAGGGAGGCUAUUUCACGGCGCUUGCUCAGCCCGGUCUACGCAUCUUCUCUAUGAACACAGUUCAUUGCUAUACACUCAACUGGUGGCUGGCUGUGAACCCCAAGGAUCCCGAAGAUCAACUCGAGUGGCUUGUGGAUGGACUCCAGGAAGCUGCUAAGAAAGGCGAGAAAGUCCAUCUCCUUGGCCACAUUCCUCCGGGAACCUCUGAGUGUAGAAAAGAAUGGGCGACAGCCUAUCAGAAGAUAGUCGCAAGGUUUCGGAACACAAUCACCGGCCAAUUCUUCGGUCACAUGCAUUGGGACAUGUUUUUCGUCAACAUCGCGCCGGGAUCAAACGUCCCGACAGGAGUUCAAUUCGCGGCUCCUUCAGCAACGACGUUCAUGACUGGCUACCCGAGUUAUCGCAUCAUGCAUUUCGGAUCCGGUGCUGAAGUUCUCGAUAUGGACACUUUCCUGCUGAACACAACAAGACUGAAUGAGCCCUUCAUGGAGAGGUUGAGCGCAUCGAACGGGGCAGAUCUGGAACAACGUCUGGAUGAGUUGGAAGUUUACGACCCAGCUCACAAAGAAUGGCAGUUUGCCUACAGCUACAAAGAUCAAUAUGGCAUGUCCGACCUGUCGCCUGGAAGCUUCAGAGAGCUCAUCGAGAGAAUGCUCCUGGACGACGAGCUCCUGGAGAAAUAUUACAGGGCGUUUUUCCAACAUCGUAAUCAACCGGAAGAAAUUCGUUGUCACCGAGGAAGAUGCGAUACCGUCUUCUAUUACGAUCCUGACACUCAGCACCCCGUCGUCUGCGAGAUGUUCUCUUUCGGAACGGAUCAACGGAAAACGUGUGACGUGGAGUACGGCGUAAAUGAAGGACUUGAAGGCGCGGCUCCAUCGCUCCGAGCCGGACUCCUUCUGGCGAUCGGGAGCGUCAUAGCCACCCUUUCCAUGAAACCAUUCUUUUUGAACAUGGAUUGACACAUUAGAUUGGCGAUCGUCGGUAGAGUCCAAGUCUCGCGCAUGAAAUUCAUCUUCCGUUAUCAGAACGGAUUCCGAAGAAGAGGGAUCCGGAGCGGUUCCACCCUUUUGGCGCUCGAAGACUUCGCGAAUCGCAUGUUCUCACCAUGAGCUGGCUCCUGGCCAAUUCUUCUCAAUUUUUUCUGUCCGUGCAUCCCUCGCAGAUGGCCGGAAAAUCCGUGCACUCUCAAGCCCGAUAGCCUUCUGAUAUUGCGCGUGUCAGAGCUUCGAGCUCAUGAAGACGGUUGUGCGUGGAUCCAGUUUCUUCUCGAUUCAUGACAUCGCCGACGUAUCGAAAUCAGGCAUCUUGUCAGCAGUUUUCUGUUUCCGGCAUCAUCCUCGCGGAGUCGGAUAGCUGACAAUGAGUUACUUAUUCUUCGAAAACUUCCAUGCAACCUCGGGAGUUCACCUGCGCCCCGGUUGAGGACCACUGCUUCAAAGGUUCUUGGGCGGUCUCCUGAUUCAGAACCCUGCUAAUACACCUGAUAGUAAAACAUUGUCGGGCAUUCAGCAUCCAGAAUAAACGCUCUUUC